CCCACUUCGGCGCCAAUUCGAUCGCCCGCAAGUUUCAGUCAAUCGUGAAUUCAUCCAUUCGUCUUCUUUUCUCCUCUUGAAAAAAUUGACAACCACCACGCCUCAAGCCACCAUCAUAAUGAGCGCGCUUUCCUCCAACUCGACGCGCGACGACCCUGUCGCAUCAUCCACCACCCUCCCUCGCAGUCAAACAAAUUCAUCCGCCGGCCCUCCCCACCACAGCGCCGCCGCCGCCGCCGCCGCCGCCGCCGACGAUAGCGACGACUACACCUCCUCCUCCGGCCCCAGCGAUAGCGAAGAAGAAGACAGCGACGACGAGGAUACCCCCACGACCGCGACCGAUCCCAGCGCCCCGCGCCCCGCGAAUAACCCCGCGCACAACCCCUUCUCAGCCUCCGCGGCGGACACGACAAUCCCCCGCAUUCCAGCCCUCCCCAAACCCAACAUUCACCGCAUCCAGCAGACGCCCGACCUCCUCUCCCGGCUUUCGGCCUUCCUCCCGCAGAUGAAGACCGCCAACGAGCAGCUCGAGCGCGAUAUCGCCGCCGGGCGGGCGAAGGAUAUCCGGUUGGAUGAUGCGAUGGAUGAGGAUGAGGGGGAGGAUAAGGACGACGGUCAGGAGGAUGGGAAGCGAUAUAUUGAGAUGAACCUCGGACUGGGCGUGCUGGAAGAGAAGCGGCCGGAAGAUGAGAUCUCGACCUCCGCGCAGCCGGGCAACGAGCAGACCGUGCUGGCUUCGCGGCCUAAGGACUCUGGGGUCUUGGAUACUUUGAUGGGUAACACGGAUGCUGCGGCGGCGGCGGCGGCGAAGCCCACGAUUGAGGAGUUGGAGAAGUGAUUCCUAUGUUUUCUGUUUGUGGAUCUCUGAUUUCCCAAAGAAAAAGGCUGAGAAAAAGUUUUUGGGUAGAGGUGGGGGUCUUUUUGGUUUGCAUGGCUAGGGGGCGUUUUGGGAUGGACUUUUAUCUUUUUACUUCGUGUGCAUUUUCAAGUGUCUGUCUGUCUCAGGAAAUCGGGCAUCUUUUUAUGGCUUGGCUUUUUCAUCUAGCAGGUGGAGGCACGCGCUCGUGUUGACCUCCACAAUUACGUUUAUAGACUAGUUCGGACUGAACGGUUUUACGACCGAGACUAAAAAUAAUAUCGAAAUAUUGAACAAUCAUG